UAAAGCUAGAAGAUUGUUCAGAACUGACUAUGCUGCCUGAUGGCAUGUGUAAUCUUGUGAAUUUGCGACAUCUUGAUAUAAGGAGUACUCCUCUUAAAGAAAUGCCGAAAGGAAUAGGCAAAUUGAGACAGUUGCACAUUUUAAGCAACUUUGUGGUGGGAAAGCAUGAAGAUAAUGGAAUCCAAGAGUUAGGAGGGCUUUUAAAUCUUCAUGGAUCACUUGAGAUUCAAAAAUUGGAGAAUGUGGUUGAUGCCAAUCAGGCAAGGAGUGCAAGGAUAAUAGAUAAGAAGCACAUUGAAUUUUUGUUGUUGGAAUGGUCCUCAAUUGAUGAUAUGGCUUCAGACACACAAACUGAAAGAGAUAUACUCCACAGCUUGCAACCGCACACUGGCUUGAAAAAGUUGACAGUUGACGGAUACAAAGGUAAAAUGUUUCCAUCUUGGAUUGGGCAUUCCGGCUACCAAAACAUGAUUCAUGUAUCUCUAUUGGAUUGCAAGAAUUGCUGCAUACUGCCUUCACUUGGACAGCUACCAUCUCUUAAAUCCCUGUGCAUUGAAGGUUUUGAUAAGCUCAGGAGCAUUGGUGAUGAGUUUUACAGGACUGAAGGAGAUCAUCAUUCUUUGCCUAUUGCACCAUUUCCUUCAUUGGAGAAUUUGGAGGUUGAUAACAUGGCAUGUUGGGAGGAGUGGCAAUUACCUGACUCAGAAGCUUUUCCUCGGCUUAAGAGGCUUCAAAUAAGAAAUUGUCCAAUGUUAAAGGGAGAUAUGCUUAAUCAUGUAUUAAUGAGAAUCGUUUCUUCCUCGUUGGAUGUUUCGAAAGUGCACAAAGUGAAAAUAGUAGAAGAUCAUGAAGGAUGGCGUAUAGAUAUGUCACUUGAUGGGGAUACUUUAUCAAUUAAGGGAUGUGAAUCUGUGACGGAGUAUGCAAUUAAGGCAAUUAUCAGCAUCAACCAUCUAACUUCCCUCCAAGAAAUAGAAAUCUCAGGGUGUUCGUCUGCUGUAUCCUUUCCAUGCAAUUGUUUACCCAAAUCUUUGCAAAAACUCAAAAUCUAUAGUUGCAGCAAACUGGAAUUAUUCCCCCAGCAACAGCAGCAGAAGUAUGAUUUGGUAGAGCUACGAAUAGAUCACAGCUGUGAUUCACUGACCUCAUUGUGGUUGGAUGCCUUUCCCAUCCUCAAGAAUCUCGAGAUAUCAUGGUGUUUGAAUCUGGAAUCAGUUUCAAUGUCAGAGCCAUCACACGCUGCUCUUCAACGUCUCACAAUCUUUGGGUGCGACAAGUUAAUGUCAUUUCCAGGAGAAGGACAGGCUACACCCAACUUGACUCAUCUCAGCAUGAUAUAUUGCAACAAGUUGGAGGCAUUGCCUCGAGACCUGAAUACUCUUCUCCCGAAUUUACAGUCUCUGGACAUAAGAUGUUGCGAGGAAAUUUGUAGGUUGCCAGAGGGAGGUUUCCCGCCUAACCUGAAAGAGCUUCGUAUCGGGAGACAAUGGAGGGAUCUAUCUUGGAUGAGUAACUUGGACGCCCUCACUCAUCUUACCAUUCAUGGUGGUGGCUCUGAGAGCAUAACGUCAUUCCCGGAAGUGGGUUCGCUGCCUCACCUUCCCUCCCUUACCAAUCUGUGCCUCGCUGGGUUUCAUCAUACGAAGACGUUGGAGUGCAGCGAGCUUCUCCGGUUCACCUCCCUCCAAGAACUAAACAUUGAAUACUGUCCAAAUCUGGAGAAUAUGGAAGGAGAAAAGCUGCCUCCCUCUCUGCGACUACUUUAUAUUUAUCAAUGCCCUUUGCUGGAACAAUUCCUCCAGAAGGACCAGCGACCUUGGACCAAGAUUUAUAACAACCCCACCGUUUAUAAUUCUAUAUCACUUAGGGCAAUUCGUGGUAAUGCACAGGCAAUAAGGGCGGCACAUUUGUUUGCUGCAGCAGGCACAAACCAAGGGCCUCAUGCACCAUGAAAACAUGACUCAAAUUCAGUAAUGGAGAUACAUUGAAGAUUAAGCAGCAAUUGUCCUGAGAACGUUGCAGUUUUGGAAUGGAUCUUGAAUGCCAGUUUCAGUCAAAACAA